CUUCGCUUCGCUCUGCCUCUGCCCAGUGCCCACUGCGGCCAUUUUGAGUUGGAACCGACGGAGGCAAACUGACAGGAGAAGGUAUAAUUUCUGAGCGAGGUGAUGUGGGACCAGGGAGGACAGCAGUGGCCGCAGUGGCCUCUGAGCCAGCAGCAGUGGAUGCAGUCAUUUCAACAUCAGCACGACCCGGGUCAAGUGGACUGGGCAGCUCUUGCUCAGGCUUGGAUAGCCCAAAAGGAGUCAACAGGAGCACAACCACCCAGUGUCCAGCCCAAUGGCCAGGACAUCCCAGGACUUGAAUCUGUUACACCAAGUAACCAUGGAGCCUUCCAGAGUGACCCAGCAUUUGGAAGAAUGUGGCAACCAGCAUGGAGCUGCUUCUACCUUCACCCCCACUCCUGSGGGGUUCCACUCUCCGUACUGGCAGGGUCCACAGAACAGGCGAGAUACCAGACCACCAGGAUUUAGAGACCGGCCCAGAUCCCCCCCUGUUCAGCUCCCUGUCAAAACGGAAGCCCCAGCUCCUCUUGAUGCUGUAAAACGUCGCACUCUGCCAGCUUGGAUCCGUGAGGGUCUUGAAAAGAUGGACAGGGAGAAGCAGAAAAAAAUAGAGCGAGAGCGAAUGGAACAGGAGCGUGCAGAAAUGGCCGAUGAUGAYGAGACAGAGCACAAAGCUGACGAGGAAGGGGAUGGGCCUCGCUUGCCACGCAAGAGUAAAUUUGACAGCGACGAUGAGGGAAACGACAAUGACAAUCACGAAAAGAUCUCUAUUAAAAGAGAAUUUCCUGUUCGGAGUCCAUCACCUCCUGCAGAAGACAGUGAACCAGAAAUGAGUGAAGAGCUAAAGGAAGAGCUCCUGAUGGGCAUCACUAAAACCCUUCUGACAGAGAUCCUUCUUUCAGUCACUAACGAAGAGAUCAUGCAUGUAGCCAGGGAGACUCACAGAAAAGCCACUCGAGCUCCUGCAAAACAGCUGGCACAGUCAAGUGCACUGGCUUCUCUGACUGGUCUCAGCGGGAUUGGUGAUUAUGGUUCAGAUGAAAGUGAAGAUGAGGAUGCACGCAGCGCCCGGGGUUCUGAGUCUUCUGACACAGACGACGAAGAGCUGCGCCAUCGCAUCCGGGAGAAGCAGGAUGCCUUCCGUCGCAAAGAGCGCGAGAUGCAGCUGUUGCAGGAAAGACAAGCACAAGAGGCUCUACUUGCACGUGAGGAGAUGACCAAGGAGAGACUGAGUAGGGAAAAGGGGGAAUAUGAUGAGCAGUUAGAAAAUGCUCACAAACAGGAAGUAAAAGAGAGAGAAGCAGAGCUCCUGGUAGACAGGCGAACGUCUCGCAGUGAUGAGGGCAAGCUCUCAGGCAGAGAGAAGGAGGAAUCAGGGCGAGGUGACAGCCGCUCCCCAGCCAACGGUCGUAGCAGCAGUUCCCACUCCACCUCCAGCCACAGCAGCUCCCGCUCUUCCUCUUCAUCCUCCUCCUCCUCGGCAUCUUCCCGCAGCUCCUCUCGAUCCUCCUCUCCUCAAAAGAAGAAGAGGCGUCGCUCUUCCUCCCGCAAGGCUCGCCGUCGCAGCCGAAGCCGCAGUUCCCACAGGCACCGCAGCGAGAAGGGCAGGGACAGGAGGAGGAGCAGCGCGGAGCGAUCGGGCCGCCACAAGAAAGACCGCAGUGUUUCCAGAGAGCGCAGGAGUCACAGGACUCGAUCCCGAUCCAGAGACAGAGAUAGAGAUAGAGGCAGGGUGAGGGCCAGAGACAGCCGCAGUCGCAGCAAAGACAGGAGGGAGAAAGAGAGGAAACGCAGCCGGGAGCGCAGGGACAGCAGUCACAGUCGAAGCAGCAAACACAAACAAAAGGCCUCAAGCAAAGACAGAGACAGGAAGAGAGACAGGAGUCGAAGUCAUGACAGAGAGACCAAGAAAAGGAAGGAUAAUGAUAAAGACAAGGAAACAGACAAAAAGAAGGAAAAGGUUAGAGCUAAAGAGAAGGAAAGCUCUAUUACAGAAGAGGAUGGCAAAUCAAAGAAAAGAAAAGAGAGUGACUCGUAUGCAGAUCCUCAGAACAAACGCUCUCGACAAGACAGCAAAUCAACCAAGAAGAGCUCCAGCAAAGCCAGCAGGAGACACUCAGACUCAGACUCUAGUAGAUCCCCUACCCCUGAAGUUGGCAAGGAAAAGAAAUCUAAGAAAUCCAAACGUAGUCGUUCAAGGUCGGUGGAAAAAUCUCACAAGUCUGGUAAGAAGGCAAGCCGCAAACACAAGUCUAAGUCGCGAUCAAGGUCAUCGUCCCCCUCCCGUCGCAGCAGACGCUGAGGAGCACAGCUGACAUCCAGAUCUGUGCCGUUAGCCAUUUAAAUUCCAUGAGUUGAGCAGGCUUGUCUCAUUAUAGAGGCAAUUGUGUAGGUGAACACCCCCUCAUACAUUUCUUUUAUUGUAAAUAAGUUGUCAUUUUUAAAGUGUAACUGAAGAACAAGACGUUUUGAAACAAUUUCAUUAUGAAAAGUGUAACGGGACACUAAAAACUGAAGUUGGAUCGUUUUAAAACACGACAAGACUUUUCUUUUUCAUCCCACAAUGUAAGAUGUCCAAUAAAACUGUUUAUUCCUUG